AGUGAGACGUGACGGAGAGCGUUUCAUUCCGCUGCCGUCACGUCACGUAUCAGCGCUGAGCGGCUGGGUGGAGGCUGGAUGGAGGCUGGAUGGAGGCUGGAUGGAGGCGGGGGGCGCUGCUGAUGCUGAGGCUGAUGCUGAUGCUGAUGGGAGGACUGAUGAUGCUCUCCGGCUCUGUGCAGCCGCUACUGCGCAUGUUGCAUGACAGGUACACGCAAGCCUCCAUCUUGGGCAUCCCGAGCUGAGGCGAAAGGGCAGCAGCGCCAUAUACACACACACACACACACACACACACACACACACACUGAUCCACAACAACAACAGAACCGGGGCGCGCCAAUUAGAACCAACUGGAACAGCAGAGAAAUUGGCAUUUUGCCGAGAUGUAACUUUCUGUUCCUCCACUCAACACACUGCUUCUCGUGAGGAGCGCGGAGACACAGGAUGGGACAGAAAGACGGCGGCUGGUCUGGAAGGCUCUGGUAACGACCGUCCGCGUCUCUGGGUCCAGUGUUCUGCUGUUCUGGGAGGAACCGACAGGUGCCAAACACAGACGGCUCAGCUCACAGCAGAAUGGGCAUUAAGAAGCUCGCCGUCGUUCUCCUGGUCCUCUCUCUUUGCCUAGAGGGAGGAUCCGCCAAAGAAAAAGGAACAAAGAAGGGAAAGAAGAAAGGGAAGCAGGUUUACUGUCCAUCACAGCUGUCAUCUGAGGAUCUGGCCAGAGUCCCUGCCAAUUCAACCAGUAACAUCUUGAACAGGUUACUGAUCACCUAUGAUCCCAGAAUAAGGCCCAACUUCAAAGGAAUCCCCGUGGAAGACAGAGUGAACAUUUUCAUCAACAGCUUCGGCUCCAUCCAAGAGACGACCAUGGAUUACAGAGUCAACAUCUUCCUGCGGCAGCGCUGGAACGACCCCAGGCUGAAGCUGCCGCAUGACUUCAAGUCCGACUCGCUCACCGUCGAUCCCAAGAUGUUCAAGUGUCUGUGGAAGCCCGACUUGUUCUUCGCCAACGAGAAGAGCGCCAACUUUCACGACGUCACCCAGGAGAACAUACUCCUCUUCAUUUUCCGUAAUGGAGACGUCCUCAUCAGUAUGAGGUUGUCCGUCACCCUUUCUUGUCCGCUGGAUCUGACGUUAUUCCCCAUGGACACACAGAGGUGCAAGAUGCAACUGGAAAGCUUUGGCUACACAACAGACGACCUGCAGUUUAUGUGGCAGACAGGAGACCCGGUGCAAAUGGACGCCAUCGCUCUGCCACAGUUUGACAUCAGACAAGAAGAUAUUGAUUAUGGGAACUGCACCAAAUUCUAUGCAGGAACAGGGUACUACACCUGUGUGGAGGUCAUCUUCACCCUGCGGCGUCAGGUUGGCUUCUACAUGAUGGGUGUCUACGCCCCCACGCUGCUCAUCGUGGUCCUCUCCUGGCUGUCCUUCUGGAUCAACCCUGACGCGAGCGCCGCCAGGGUCCCUUUGGGCAUCCUCUCGGUGCUGUCUCUGUCCUCUGAGUGCACCUCCUUGGCUUCGGAGUUGCCCAAAGUGUCCUACGUUAAGGCCAUCGACAUCUGGCUCAUCGCUUGCCUGCUGUUUGGUUUCGCCUCGCUGGUGGAGUACGCCGUGGUUCAAGUGAUGCUCAACAGCCCGAAGCGCAUCGAGGCCGAGAAGGCCAAGAUGGCAGCCAAGGAGAAGGCACUUGGAAAGAGCCCCGCUGCCAAGAACAACACGGUCAACGGGACCGGGGGGACGCCGCUUCAUGUCAGCACCCUGCAUGUGGCUGAGAACCGCUGCAAGAAGGUGUGCACGUCUAAAUCGGACCUGCGGACCAACGACUUCAGCAUCGUGGGCUCGCUCCCGCGGGACUUUGAGCUGUCGAACUUUGACUGCUACGGGAAGCCGAUCGAUAAUGCCGGGGCUGCCGGGAAAUCCCAGUCCAAGAACAACAAGAAACCUCCUCCCCCAAAACCCGUCAUCCCCUCUGCUGCCAAACGGGUCGACCUGUACGCCCGCGCCCUCUUCCCCUUCUCCUUCCUCUUCUUUAAUGUGAUUUAUUGGUCCGUAUACUUGUGAUUAUCUUGAAUCUUGAUCUUGUAUUAUUAAUCCACUACUUCACUCCCUUAAAUAUCUUUAUUGAUCACUGAAAAAAGUUUAAUUCCAAAGUGAACAUUGAGAAGUGAGUCUUAGCCAAUCAGAACGAUGGCUGGGAGCAAGCUGAAACUACAGUGUGUCGUUAUUAUUACAUUUAUCUUCACAUAAAAGUAGAAAAGUAUCAUCGUUUGUGUAUUAAAAUGAUUAUAACUUAAUCUUUAUUUACCUAAAAUGGAUAUUAUAGCAUCUUGUAUUGAAAUACUUUAUUAAUUGAUAAUGGUACUCGAGAGGCGAAUACAGGACUGCAGAUAAACGGCUGUGAUGGAUGGUGUGUAAAACAAAUCCACAGACAUUGAUUCUUAACGAGCGAGCAGAAGAUGUGCAGAUCUAUAAAAGAGCAUUUGUAAAUAGCUAUUUGAUUUUUUCGCCCUCGCCUGGUGGGAGUCUGAGUUUAAUACGCUCAAGCAUUUUCUUUAAGCCUGGAUGCAAAGUGUAACAUUGUAAUUACCUUGCAUGUUAAAAAAGAUGCAUGUAUAUGAAGAGAAAAGCUAAACGUAUAUAUAUAUAUAGAAUAUAUAAAUAUAUACAAAGUAUUUAUUAGAUUUGGUUAUUCUUAUGAUUUGCUCUUGAAAAGAUAAGUGGGUAUGUGAGACACCGUGUUCCUGUCCAGAUGGUCAUGUGACACUGCCACUCCUUUAACUAGUGUAUUGUUUGACAUCUUCCCACCUGUAGUGUGUGUGUGUGUGUGUGUGUGUGUGUGUGUGUGUGUGUGAGAGAUAGUGUGUGUGGGUCACUGUGAGUUGUGACCAUGUGUCUGUGAAAUUUACACGCAAAGUUUAAAAUAAAAUGAAAUAAAAGACGA